AUGGCAAGGUCUGUCACAACACCGCCGGGCUUAGAGCAGAGAGAGCAUCCGCCGCAUAUCACAACUUCACCCAGCCAGAACGAAAAGAGUUCAAAUGACGCCCGUUCUACCGUAGGCAGCUCUGAGGAUGAUUCAUCUCACAAUGCCUCCGAGACCAACAACUCUGAACUUACCUAUCCUGAAGGCGGGUGGGCUGCCUGGAGUGUCGUCCUAGGGAGCUGGAUGGCAUGCUGUGGUACAAUGGGGUUGUUGAAUAGUUUAGGGAUCUUCCAGGCAUACUUGGAGGGAAGUGAGCUACAAUCCUUCUCCUCCGGACAAAUCGCCUGGAUUUUCGGCGUCUAUUCUUUUCUGGCCUUUUUCUGUGGAAUCCAGGUCGGUCCUAUCUUCGAUGCAAAAGGACCCCGCGUUCUAGUUAUUUGCGGCUCGAUUGGAACGGUCCUCUGUCUCAUUCUUCUGGGUUGGUGCUCAUUAUAUUGGCAUUUUAUGGUGGUCUUCGGUCUUUUCGGAGGCAUUAGUCUGUCCCUCACCUUCAAUCCUGCGAUUUCCAUUGUCGCACACUACCUCAAUCGAAGACGGGGCCUAGCAACUGGAAUAACUUCCUCUGGUGCAUCUUUCGGCGGCCUAGUCUUCCCUCUUCUGUUCCAAAAUGUGGUGUCAAAACUGGGAUUUGCAUGGGCCACUUGUGUGAUCGCUCUCGUCAACGGGGUCGCUUUCAUCAUUGCGAUCCUCCUUAUUCGACCAAGAUUCGGACCCAAAUCGAGUACAAUCGGAGCGAUUCUUCCUGAUAUAUCGAUCUUCGGCAACGCCUGUCUGAUGCUCGCAAGCAUGGGAAUAUUCUUUAUGGAGUGGGGUCUGUUUGUCCCCAUCACAUACCUGACCUCCUAUUCCUUGUCUCAUGGACUGUCACCACGAUUCUCAUACUUGCUCCUGUCGUUGAUCAACACCGGGGCGAUCUUCGGUCGAUGGAUCCCCGGUUACUGUGCGGACCGCAUCGGCCGAUUUAACACCAUCAACAAUCCUUGGAUGUCUUCUAUUUACUGCGUGCCUGUGGAUGCCCGCCAAUUCAAGCCGGCCUCUGAUCACGGUGUUUGCUCUUCUCUUUAG